GAAACACUGGUCUUCGAGGAGUCUAGCAUAUGUAGAUGCCGAGUGCAGCUCACCAUGGCCAGUUGGGUCCCAAACCAACGUUGACGGCCUUCUUCCUUUUCUCCGAGCAUUAGUCGUCUCCAGACGAACAAAAAGUGGGACUAUCCCACGGUAUAUCGCAAUUGUGUGUGCUUUCAUUUUGCCCUGAGUCAUUUGACCAGAACCAGUCCGCGAACACCAGAGAACCACACGGAUGGUCCGGCCUUGUUCUCUGAUCCUGUCCACACGCAACCCUCCGUUGUGAGCCCUAAGGGCCGGUUCCUCGUGCCGGUUCCUCGUGACCCGUCAUCGCUAUCCUUUCAAGCUUUGGGCUUCCCAGGCUUCCCGUGCAGUUCACCUUGAUUCGUCAUCGGCUCCCUUCGGAUUCGCCCCCGUUGUUCGCCGCCCUGGCUCGCCCUGGCUCAGCGGACCGGGGGAAGGCGGCGUCAUGUGGGGUGACCAUGGGGCAAUGGCUGGCCUGGGGCCUGACACUGGUGGCACUGGCGCUGGUGGCAGCCGAAGCAGCCGAAGCAGCCGAGUUGGAGGGGCCAGAGCUGGAUGUGAUGUACUUGAGAUACAAACAGCAAUCCAUCGACACCAGCCCCGUCUUCCAACGUCAGCACGUGGACUACCACGCCACCUUGGACUUCAAGAUGGACUUCUUCGCGGUCGAAGCCACACCCCUUGGGAAGGCCAUCAUCACCAACGUCUUCUUGUGCCCGGAUGCUGACUGUGCUCACGAGACUCCGCGCGCCAUCGCCGACUUCUCGCGUCGGGUCUCUUUGGAGCCCGGUGAGCAGACGCUCUACAAGUUUGACGUGGAGCUGCAUGGCAAGGCUCAGACCUAUUCCAUCACCAUCCGCCGACUGACGGGCGAGGAGACCCAGUUGCGGCGCCUGAUCGUGCAAGGCAGCGCCUUGGUGCCCAGCUUCAAGCCCUCGAUCCGGCACUACCGGUGCCAACUGGAGGUGACCUUGGAGUAUGGAUUGUUGGAAGCCCAUCUGGAAGACUCGGGGCAAACCAUCCUAGCGGAGGCAGAGGUGCCCAUCUUGGUGAAGAACUUCAGCGAUGCGAAGUGGGAGAAGGAAGAGUUGCUUGGGGUGCCCAUGAGACGCUUGGGGGAGGAACCCUAUGGAGAGUUCCAAUAUCCUAAGAAGUACCUGGAGUUUCCGGUGCCCAUGGGAUCUCAGCGCAAGAUCCGUUUCAAAGUCAUCUCAGCCGAUGGGGGGCACUUUGGCUACUACCAGCUAGACCUGGCAAGGCAGACAUGCGGCACGGAACUGCCAUUGUUCGAUGUGCGCCAGAGUCGUUGCGUGCGCUUCUGUAACUUGGGCUACUGGGCAGACUUCCAGCAACGCCGCUGCAAGCGCUGCCCGGACCUGUGCGUGAGCUGCAUCUCCAGCGAGGAAUGCCUGAGUUGUCGCCAUCCCACGAUAGACAUGCUCUACACGCUGGAUUCCACAGGGCAAUGUGUUGCUUCGGUGCGGCCCUUCUGGCAGAAGAAUGCGGAACAGGCGGUCUCCAUUGCGUUGAGCGCCUCAGCGCUGCUGAUCUUCCUCUGCGGCCUGGUGUCCUUCGGCCUCGUCCGGGCCAAGGCACGCCGCCUCGCUGCCGAGAGCCGUGCGGAGAGCCGAGGCGCCCGCGGCCCGGAGCGCGGCACGGGCGGGCCGCGCGGGUACCGGUCGCUGCCCAACGAGGACUUGGACUUCUGAGGCGCCAGAUGCCAAAGCUUGGAGUUCUCCAUCUUGGGCCCAAAGCGAUCCAAGAG